UCAAUUAUUACUGAGAUAUCAAACAUGGCGCUGACUACUCCUAACCCAAUGGGACCAUGGAAGGUGAGUCAAUGUUAUGUACACCACGUUUCCACAACUAUUUAACAACGUUUCACAAUCUUUUCAAUUUUUCAUAAACAGACGUAAGAGGAGAAAGGAAAGCUUUGCACACUGAAGUGCGCUCUCUAGCAGAGAUACUGGUUGUGUUAAAAACAGUUUUUAAAAAACAGCAAUAGUAUGUCGGGCAGAUUACAAAUAUGCACUAUAUCCUCUGUCCUAGAUCACAGUCUACGACCAGGAGAACUUCCAGGGAAAGCGUAUGGAGUUCACUGCUUCCUGCCAGAACAUAAUGGAGUGUGGCAUGGACAACAUCCGCUCCCUGAAGGUCGAAUGUGGAGCGUAAGUCAGCCAGCCCCCCAAAACACAAACACAUCUACAUACUGUAGGAUAUUUAUCUCCCUGACAGGUUACACAUGAUCCUUCAGGGGCCAUGGGACCAUUGCACAGGCAACAAUUUCUAAGGGAUACUGAUAGACACAUCCUGUAUCAUGGAAAUAGACAAUUUCAUAAAAAAACAUGACAAAGUCUUUGCUCCACCCUUGCAUCUAUCCACAUGUACUGUAUAUCUGUAUAUCUCUAUGUCUCUAUAUGUCUCUCUAUGUCUCUCUAUCCCUCUCUAUGUCUCUCUAUCCCUCUCUAUGUCUCUUUAUGUCUCUCUAUGUCUCUCUAUGUCUCUCUAUCCCUCUCUAUGUCUCUCUGUCACUCUUUUUGUCUGUCUGUCCUCUCUCUCUGUCUCUCUCUCUCUCUCUCUCUCUCUCUCUCUCUCUCUCUCUCUCUCUCUCUCUCUCUCCUCUCUCUCCUCUCUCUCUCUCUCUCUCUCUCUCUCUCUCUCUCUCCUCUCUCUCUCUCUCUCUCUCUCCUCUCUCUCUCUCUCUCUCUCUCUCUCUCUCUCUCUCUCUCUCUCUCUCUCUCUCUCUCUCUCUCUCUCUGUAUGUGUAGCUGGGUAGGGUACGAGCACUCCAGCUUCUCUGGGCAGCAGUUUGUGUUGGAGCGUGGAGAGUACCCUCGCUGGGAGUCCUGGAGCGGCAGCAACGCCUACCACAUUGAAAGGUUGAUGUCCUUCCGCCCAGUCUGCUCUGCCGUGAGUGUACUAUCCAAGCCUACUUCCUGUUCCUUCCAGACCAGGCCAGACAGACACUCUCGUCUGUGGGCUACGUUCCAAUAUCCGUUGUAGAAUUCCACUUAGAAUGCCCAAUACAUUGAUUCAUUCAAAUAGUAUGCUAGUACAGAUAUUGGAACAGAAGCCUGGGUCCUGGCCUCAGUCUAUGUCUCUGGCUCUUGUGAGUGACACUGACAGUCUGGCUCUAAUCACUGUUACUGACACUGACAUUAUUUCAUUUAACAGAUACAAGUAGCUAUCCUUGAUAGCCUCUACCAGUGUUAUUGAAAGCACUAAAUGACAAAGUUAAUAAAACACAGUAUUAUAAAGAUUUCCUACUUUCUACAUAAUUCUACACAGUAUAUCUUUCGUAAAUAGUUCUCAGUGAAACAGGUUGAAUGUAACCUGAAAUUGCCCGCUCCUCUCUCUGAACUGCACAGAACCAUAAGGAGUCCAAGAUUGUGGUGUUCGAAAGAGAGAACUUCAUUGGCAAGCAGUGGGAGAUGAACGAUGACUACCCCUCCCUGCAGGCCAUGGGCUGGGGCAACAACGAGAUCGGAUCCAUGCAGGUCCAGAGUGGAGCGUAAGUAGCAGGAGUAGAAGUCCUGGCUUCCUUUUUCACACUACAGAAGACUAUGCUCAUAACAAUCAGAAAUAGAGAAAUCAAUUGCGUCUAGCGGUCGCAAAAUUUGGACAAACUACUAAAAAGGUGUAAUGUGCAGUAAGAAUGAAAUCCAUUGUAAUAACUAUAUAAUUGAAAUCCAUUGUAAUAACUAGAUAAACAGUGAGAGGAUAAUCCUUUCUGUAACAGAUCAUAAUAGAACUAAGCAAAAAACUAUUAAAAAAAUUAAAUGAUUAAUUAUCUAAAUGAGUGUCCAGUGACCUUACUGACCUCUCUUUGCCAAAUGUGUUAAAGGGACACUAUGGUGAAAAAUGAAAAAUAAAUAGCUAUUAUAUGGUGUCCCUGGAUAUUAUACAGAAGACUAACAUGUACAGUAGAGGCCAACUCUUUCUGAUCUACAAGUGCCUAGGCUCUAGAGCAGGGAUGAGCAACUUUGAUGGGGAUGGGGGCCACAAAAAAUCGUAACAUCAUGAGGGGCCACAGUGGCUCGGGGGUCUGCAUACCCACAUCCAUACCCACACUUGUAGUCUUUUGGGGCCCUAAGUGUAGAAAAAAUGUUGCAGUUUUAAAGUACGUUUGCUGCAAUUCUACUCAUUUUGCCAUGGGAUGGAGAGAAAAAUUAUCCGUUUUCAAUACGAUAUCUGAUGAUCAAUGGGGGACCACUGGUUGGUAAUUCAACCAUGAUUACUACAAGUUUAGAUAGCUGGCUACUAGACUAACUUACCAAUAUAAAAAUAUUUAGCUGACAUGGGCUAAUUAAGUUACUGUCUUUUUUAUUUUGUUUGUGGAACUUGAUCCGCGGACCUACAAAAGUAGCCGCCAGUUGCCCAUCCCUGCUCUACAGGGUAAGGGCUGGGGCUUGUUUCUGGAUAUUUUCUCCCUCUCUCCCUCUCCCCCUUUAGCUGGGUGUGCUACCAGUUCCCCGGUUACCGCGGCUACCAGUACAUCAUGGAGUGCGACCGUCAUGCCGGAGAGUACAAACACUACAGGGAGUGGGGCUCCCACGCUCAGACCUUCCAGGUCCAGUCUCUGCGCCGCAUCCAGCAGUGAGAGCUUCCACGGCCUCCUCCCUUUUUCACCCCUCCUCCUCUUCCUCCUCUCCCUCCUCCUCCUCUUAUCCUUCCUCCACCCUAUCAUUCCAAGCUUGGCCAGUAGUCCUGUCAGACCUCUAAGACCAACGGCUCCUGACGCUUCUGGUGCUCCACAGCGACAAAGAUGUUUACAGCACUUUUGUUUUGUUCCAUCGCCGAAAGAAGAAAAUCGAGAAAACGAGAGAAUAAGAAAGAAAAGAAAAGUGAGGGAUACGCCCCACAGUGAGCGGAGAGAAGGGUCUCGGGUGGUACGACUCAGGCUUUGAUGCUGUUCUCAGUGUUGUCACGGGGAAUUCACAGCCACAGUGAUCAAUAAAGAAAGAAUGAGCAACAAAAAUAAACAGCGAUACAAAAGUCUGCUAUUAACCUGC